AUGGAGGAAAACGAAAACCUCAAGUCUCUUGUAAAACAGAGCUAUGAUGAGAUCGCUCAGCACUAUCUAGACUGGUCGGCGGAGCAUGAAUCUCCACGCGCUUCACAGAUCCAAAACCUGCUUGCCAAAAUCACCAAUCCGGCAGAUGCACCCGUUCUUGAGUUAGGAUGUGGUGCAGGAAUCCCAGGAACAGACCUUCUUUCACGCAAGUUUCGUAGCGUCGUCGCAAAUGAUAUCUCUGACGCCCAGAUCGACCUUGCCAAAAAGAACAUCUCUCCCAAGAAUGUCCAGUUCAUCGCCGGAGACAUGAUGAAACUCACAUUUGAGCCUUCCCACUUCGACGCCGUGGUGGCAUUUUAUUCCGUUAUUCACCUACCAAAAGAGGAACAACUGGAGAUAUUCAAACAGAUCUGCUCUUGGUUAAAACCUGGAGGUUUUCUGCUGUGCAAUCUGGGCACAACGGAAAACCCCGGCGGCACUAAGCCAUGGCUCGGUGGUGCUCAAAUGUACUGGAGCGGAUUUGAUGCCGAUCAAUAUCAGACGCUACUUACAGAACGAGGCUUCUCUCUUAUAAAUACCGAGAUUAUAUCUGAUAAUGAAGAUGGUAGGAUGGUCCCAUUUCUGUGGAUUCUGGCGCAGAAGACUUAG